AUGCGGACCGGUUGGAAGCGAGUCUGCAGUGCUAGUGCUUGGAACAGUGGUGGUGGUGGUGGUGGUGGUGGUGGUGGUGGUGAUGAUGAUGAUGAUGAUGAUGAUGAUGAUGAUGAUGAUGAUGAUGAUGAUGAUGAUGAUGAUGAUGAUGAUGAUGAUGAUGGAGAGGGGAACGGUGGCGGGGGUUGUGGCAGUUAUGAUGGAUGGGCAUGCUGGGCGUCGGAAGCCGCGUCCGUACAUUCAAAUCAAGGAACAAUAAUAAACGGAAGGCUACUCGCCAGUUUGUAUCUCAUAAUAAAACUAGGGCUUGUAUAGGAAGCGCUUAUGAAUUCGCUGUAAUUCACUCCAAAAUAUGUCGUAAAGCUCUGGAUAGGCGUGAAUAAGGUUACCCAAGUAGGCAGUGGGGUAUUUAACAAUUUCUGGAUCUGCAGCAGAGCUCCCGUUGGCCUGACAUAAGAGUGUGGUGCGGUGUCUUUUGAAAACUACAACCAACGACCGCAAUUCAGGCCUGUCGGCGAAGAAGGCUCUCAAGGUCUUCUCGAACGGAUAUCUUCCACGAUCAACCCUAAACAGGAUGUAUCUGGGCGAGCGAAGUCUCGAAAGUGUUUUUUUCAAAACUCUAUCAAAACGAUCCUUCGCACAAAAUCUACUUAAGUCGAUGAAGAGUAGCUCGAGGGCAUUAUGCGAUGGAAGCGAAGCAAAGUCAAAGGUAAGAUUCCUCAGGGAAUAUAUGUAGAGACGCCGAAGAUAACCACAGGUAGUCAGGAUCUCUGGAAUAAUCUGUUCAGUGAAGAUGUCUAUGGCAACAAUACGCACUUCCUUCAGUGCCGGAAAGAGACUCAAGUAGGUGGAAAUAUUCUGCGCGGAUGGACGCAGUUGUCGCUCGACCAGAUCACCACCGGCAAUCACAGUCGCCUUUCGAACAUUUAAGCACUUGUCCUGCAGUCGGAGGUGCCGUCUUUUUGUUAGCACAUCGGAGCAACAGGCCGUAAUGAGCUCAGCGGACACUUCCAGAGACUGGAGAUUUGGACCACACUUCUUAAUGAUUGGGAGGAACCAAUCUCUCGCGAGAGACGGCAUCUCCUGGACGUAGUUUCCUUUACGCGCAUCAUUUCCAGGCUUGCACAAACGAAUGCAUAGACGACGGAUUUCAGAGCAUCGAUGCUGAAUUAGGGCUUCCACUUAACCCCUUGCUGCUGUUCGCCUUCUACUUACAGAGGACGCAAGGGGGGCAGAAGAAUUCAUCACAGUUGUGCAUGAGGUCGUUCCACGAGGACUUAUAUGAAUGUACAAGUCACGUAGGUUGAUGGGAUGAAGGAGGCAGUUGUCCUCGACAGUCAUGAGAGAGCAGGCAACGAAAUUCACUGGUGACUCAUCGUCAUGAACAGUGUCAGCUGAUGGGCAUUGCAGGCUGGGCAUGUUGUAUCUGUCCUUAGCCCUGAGACAGGCUCUGCAAAAUUGGAGGGUACGGAAUUGGGGUUUGUUAAGCGUGUGGUAUGUGACAAUUCUGGGUACUACGGGGAAUUCUGUAAUGUACUUCUUUGGGAAGAAGUGGCCUGGCGCAUUCAAUAGGGUCAAUUCUGAGAGUUCAUAAUGGGACCUACUUUCACCCAGGAACAAAUCGAGUAGUUCUGAUUUGCGGUGAAUCUGAAGGGAGGUCCAUUGUGGAAUGCGAGUCUGAUAACUUUCCCAGACUCUGCGCCAGCCGAUGUGGCGGUAUCCAUUGAUUUUUGAGUCGUCUAGAGAAAGGCUGUGUAAGUCGCCAAAGCUCUGGAUUAACAGCAGCAAUUCGCACGACGGCAGACAUCCAAAAAAUCGGAUAGCCACUUCCAGCAGCUUAAGCUCACAUUUCAAGCACUUAGUGAUCGACGGUCUGACGUCACUUACAGCGACAGAGAGGGAAAGAUUGCGUAAGCGAGGCAUUGGACACUUAGCCAGGAGCACACCCAUUUCUCCAAGGCUGAUUGGUUGUUUCAUGAAUUCCAAAGUAGUCAGAUUGACGAGUCCAAUACCAGCGGGGCCGGAAACGGUGGAUAAAAUUUGAAUUACGUAUUUUCCUCGACGGGCAGCAAAAUCCAGAGUGACGAUCUCGACUCCUUGGGGCGCAUCAUGAAGUGUGCCAAACAGUUGCACUUGCCUGCUGCAGACAUCUGGCGUUAGUCCAAGGAUUCGAGUGGUCAGGAGAUCCCAUGUAGGUAUAAGGCUCUUGCAAUUCAGACGGUCCUUCCUCGACAGAUACCGGCUAAUCUCGGCAGACAGUAUUGGAUUCCUGAGAAUCUAGACUUCAAACAGAAAAUAGAAGACUGAGCUUAUCAACAAUAGUCACUUUUACUCUAUACUUCCAUCUAUCAUAAUUUUCUUUUCCACGAGACAGUUAGGUGUCUUAGAGGAGGUGUGACAUUAAAAAGUAAAUCUUACUAUUGAUUGCAAUUGACUGGAUGCAACUUAUCAAGUGUUCAGUGAGAGUCUGAGCAGUUGAGCUAUCUGUGCACUUGCUCAUAGACACCCAGUGGCGUACUCCGAAGUAAAACAUGCCUAAAAAGUGGAUAUUACAGCCCCUGUCUUCCCACAGCAUUUAUUUCGCCCCAGAUGUCACAAAAUUGACAAUGUGGGGACAGUUGCUAUCACGUGGACUUAUAUCUAACUGCAAAUAUUCAAUCGGAUCUAGCGGUUCAGCAAAGGCAGUUUGUUCAUAUAAAAGGACUGACCUCGUCUGGUAUCACGAGUUGCUACAUAUCCUGCUCUCCUUGGUUUUCAAAAGAUCGUCUGAUGCACGUCUCGGAAAUGGCAGCAAUCAUGCCUGUAGGCAUUGAGAUUAGUGGUCCACCUAGACAUCUUUCUCUCAACUGAUUGGAUGCAUGAAAACCAAUCGCGACAAAGUCCACUGGACUUAAUCCGGAGAGUCAUGGCAAUGCCGUAGAAAGAAAAUCUAACCAAAAACGCAGUUUCGUUGUAGAGUUCGAGUAAAUCAAGGGGAUAUGGGGAGUCGCUCGCUCAGUGAUGUUUCAAAUGAAAGCGCAGCUGACAUCAUUUGCACGCCAAAUUUUGCGAAAAGCCAGCGUUAAGGGCGCGAAAGCCUGCGAACUUGGGAAGAAAUAUCCGCCAUCUUAUGUCGUAGCGUAAUUAAGUAGGCCACGUCCUUCUCUGCCAAUUUUCUUCGUUCUCUGCAGUACAUCACCCGCUACCAAAUUAAUCGGAUGUUUCUUUGGUCUCGACAACAGCGGUCCCUAUAUUUUGGAUUUACUAAACCCUACUGAUCGCCAAAUCUCAGUCCAUAGAAAACGUCUUCUAUGCCCUAUGUUGGAGGCUUCAAUACAGUUCCCGCAGUACCCUACUCUACGAACUUCGAACAACGAUUUCUUAGGGUUGGUUAAAACAAGCCAUCUUGAUUUUUGAUUAAGGAGGAUACUAAAAAGCAUCUUCUUCGUUUUGGUUCGAAAUAUGCAGCAUUUUGCGUAACCUAGUGAGCGUGGAACUUGUAGCGAACAAUCACUCCCAUUCAUUAAACGUCAAUGCUAUGCUGCACUCUGUUAGCCCUUCCAAUCACCACUUGCAUUUGGGUGGCGACUUUGGUGACCAACUCCGACUAUCUUUGUUAGUACGAGAAAAUAUGUGAAGUGACUGGAUUGUUUGUUGAUCUUGGCCAAAUGGCCGUUGUUUUGGAAAGAGUGGCCUUUUCAGCUCUGCAAGGUCUGUUUUCAUUCUGGAAGAUGGAAUUAUGACUGAAGAAUUUGUUCUUCCUGCUUCUGGUACAUUCGUGCCGGAGAUGCAUUCUCUGAACGCAAGUGAGACAGACAGUACAGAUGUUACCUAGACGACACGGAAUAACAUACACUGCAGCAUUGAUCAAAUGCAUUUUGCGGUGAUGGACGGUGUCACUGAAAAUCAUGUUUUGUGCAAGAGAGGGAACUCUGCCACUCUCCCCAGAAGAUUCCAGACGCACCCAUUCUUUCAGAUAGUACUUGUAGAGUGUGAGAUGAAAUCAGUGUCCAUUUCGUUAGAAGUCACAUGGAGACAACAAAAUCUCCAACUCUAGUACCGAAAAAAUGAUGCGUUGAAAGAUAUCUUGCUGACCAACUGGAGUAAGCAUCGACUGCGACAGCCCAAUCUCUCUAAGGCACUUUUGUGGGAAUAAUGUAGUGCAGAAAUGAACGUUGCCUUUUCGGAAACCACACUUGUUUGAAGAGAUCGCUCAGGUUAUCUAAGCCAAUAGGAAGCCUCUGCAUGUAGUGCGCCAUUUUAGAUUACAAGAGAGAACCGGUAGGUUAAUUGGCAUUUGCAGACAAUUCCUAUAUUCCGCUCACGUUCCCUUGUGUUGCACGGAGAUCGUUGCACAUUCCUCAUUCUAGUAGCGGUCUAUUCCAAGAAUUAUCUCUCAACAAGGCUGCCAUAUCCGUCAAUUAGUCGGGGACAUCCUCAAAAGUCGCAGUGUUGCACUGGCACCCGGGAUCUUGCGUGAGUUAUCAGAUACAGAUGGAUGUCCUGACAACGGGAAUCCCAACUGCGUUGCAUCUGACACUCUAAUAGUGUAAACCAGAUUGGUGAGGCCUUUAGCAUAGGCAUAGUCCAUAGUCGAGAUCCUCGGGACAAAACACAGUCUUGCCUCACGUUGUCCAAACUAUCCCGAUACAUUCUUGCCUUUUCAUUGGGAUGGAGAUGACGCUAAGGACGAGGUUAAAGGUUCUCCGACAAAGCUUGGAACAGUAGGGUCUCGCGACGAUUCCAUGACUGUCAGAUAUAAGUCUAUUAGGUUCUGCGACCGUUACUUAAGUCGACUGUGCAUUUACCACGGUGCCAAAACACAAUCAUCUCUCCAAUGUCAAGAGACUAUCCAUUAACUGUGCUUUAGUUAAGAUGGGCUCUGUUCGCAUCAUUGGCGGACGUGCCGGUACUCUAUGACACAAAUAUGAAAUAUUGAAUAUCUAAGUGACGAUUACAGGAAUAUGGAAUUCAUUGCCAGUGUUGAAAUCCUGGGUGAGUUAGUAUCACUGUGAACUAACUCAUACACAUGUCGCCAUGCCUGUUGCAUCUUUGUGGGGAACACACAGUGGACAUCCUCAGCAAUGACGGUCGAGCUUUCACAGUGGAAAGUAGACAUCCCAAGAAAUAUAGCCCGGAAUAUAUGCUUAAAUUCGGUGGGCUAACUCAUGAAAUGUCAACUGACUUUUCGGAGUGCGUUUUCAUUCAUUAUGUUGUUCAUUGAGUAGAAAAUUAUGUCGUUUUUCCACUGUACACUCGAGGGAAGGGUAUAAUUUGGUUUUGCAAAACUUUUCCAAUUCCCGUAUAAUUUUGAACCCAACCUGCCGUUACACUUGCAUUCGGGGUUUCCCAACUACAAGCCGUAUAAUUUCCGUGUACGUAAAACCAUAUAUUUCUCUACAGUAUUAAGAUGAGACCAUAUGGUGGUCAUAAAAUUUGGCAGUGGAUUUGAACCAUAUUGUCAACCUUACAAGCUGCAUUGGUAAAUGCAGAGACACGGCGUUUUAUGAACGGCCAUUUCACAGAGUGAAAAAAUCUCACAAUUAGAAACUUUUUGAAAACCAAAUUAUACCCUUCCUCCGAGUAUAAAACUGGAAGAAGACGUAAUUCCCUAUCGAAUGAGCGAAACAACGAAUAUUUUUUAUAUAUGUUUCCACGAAAUGUGAUUGAAUUUCCAGGCGCAUCGGAAAUCAACGAGAAAAUGCAUGCUACUUAAGUAGUCAUUGGCUACAGAGUGCAGUUUUUGCCUGUAGAUGGAAAGAAGUUCAUUCGAAGCCGGCAUCCUGUGGUAACUGUGUUAUUAUAGAAGUACGUUGCAUGAUGAUUAGAUUUACAGCUCUACUUAGUUAAUCAUUUCGAAACGAAAACGCAUUUCGGAAUUUCGGUUGACAUUUCAUGAGUUAACCCACCUACUGUAUAUGUAUAGAUAUAUAUAUGAUGGUAGGAUGUCAUUACAUGAUUCUAUAUAUGAUGGUAGAGGGGCGCUCACCGAUCAUUUCUGCGGAACCAACUCGUCCCGUUAUGCCUUAGGGCUUUCUCUAGAGUUCAUCCAGCAGCCUUACAGAGGCGCAUGAUAUAGUCAGAAUGGUAUUAACGACAUAGAUAAGGGAGAGUGGAAUGGCCAUUUCUGGCUUUUUGGCCGUCGUCAGCCAGUACUACAUAGAGUUAGUGACCUAACUCAUGAAAUGUGUCGAAAUUUACGAAUGAUUGCCAAUCACUCGCAAACCGACACCACUUCAUGAGCCAAAUGUCUAUGUUAAUUAAGUACAAGCAUAAAAAAAAUUAAAAAUAUGUAAGAAAUAUUAUAAGCAGUGUUGCGUUGUUUAGAACUGUCGAUUUAUUUUGAAAAGCGCAAUAUUCCAAAAUGUCAGAAAUGGCUCUAAGUACAGUUCGCUUUUAGACGUAUAUAAUGUCUUCUCCUACCAAAAACGCAGUGAAUAUGAAAGUAGACAUAAAAUAACGUCUAAUAACAGUGUUUUAGUGAAAUUUACAUCUAAAUAUCGUUUAAUAAGUAUUGUGUUGUCAUAUAUGACGGUUUGUCAACUAUCAGCAUUCUGAGUGUAGAUUCCAAAACAGUUUUCCAGUGUUUCAAUUUUUCCUUGACUAUUCGGAGUUAAAUGAGAUGGGGUUCAACAAGAGAAGGUGGAUUUUGCUUGAUUUCGCCGAAGGGGACGUCGUAGGAUCAAAAGUGUUCGUAGGGUGACAUGCCAUGAGGCCGGUCGGUGCCUAAUAAACUUAAAUAGAACUGACAUGUGUGAUCGUAAACAUGCCUUUUUGUGUUUAUAGAGAGAACUUUUCUUUCGUUAAAUUAAUUUAUACGAAUAUGUCUUGGAUCAAUGAGAAAACUUUCCCUAAUAAGUUACCUCUUUAGGAAGUGCUUUAUUACUGCACACCGUUGACGGAUCUCUGUGUACUUUGCAUUUUGCACGGCGAGGCCAAGUAAAAAUUUGACACUUUUGGCGGUUUCUUUCACGUUCCUAGGAAGUACUAAUGUUUUUCUACCAUAAACGCAAGAACAUACCUUACUCUAUACACUGAGGCCAUUUCCACUGUUUUUGCUCGCUUUUAGACUCCGUCAUUCGAUUAUGAAUGCACGGCAGAGCGCUCAUAUAAAUGUUGAUAUUUUGAUAAACUAUUAAUGUUUUGCUCGUCCUAUUUCUGAAUAAAGUAUGCGCAGAAGCUAAAAUGCUCGACAAGGAGUAUUUCAUAUGUUUAAAGCUGGAAAUGACCAUUGCGUGGUGGUCAUCUUUGCGACAUCAGGCAGAAUUUUCCAAACGGCAAAACAAUUUCAGCCCAUUUAAACGAAGGAAUCCCUAUCUGCGUUAUUACUGCAUAUAGGGCACCAAAUUUCACAUAUCUACUAAUUGGACACUUAGGAAUUGACAAAGCCUCUGGUUUCAUUAAAACAACCUCUUUGUUAGCAGGUUGAUCACCAUGGUUAACAUCGACCAUAGAAUAAAAUUUAUAGUCCGGCUAAAUCUGUUUAUAAAAACUUUCGCGAAUAAAUUACUACCCUUUCAAUGAAAAAGUCGCUCAGAUGCGUAACUGGAGUCUAGGACAUGUAUUAGCAUAGGAAAUUGCUCGCAUAUAUUCCAACGUCUAUUUUCGAUAAAAUUUACUGGUAUUUUACUUGACAUAAUUACGUAAACACAAUUUCUGAACAAGAAAAGGACAUUUCAUUGAAGGAUGUGGAUGAGCGAACAAAAUGCGCUACUUGCCUUGUUUAAUUUCCGAGUAAAUUAAUGCGCCAACUUGGAGUAACUCUUUCGAAACAGGCCUUUUCAGGCACGGUCCGAAAUUUGAUAUGAAUAUUUGAGCUGAAAUCCAUCAGCUACUGCGGUACGUUAAAGGCGUCCAGAAAUUCUCCCAUCAGAUUCCGUUAACAGAUUUCAUGAGAUAGGUCACGUACUGCAUGUAUGUAUAUACAUAUUUAUCCCGUUCAUCAUCCCCAAAUAAAGACGGAGAAGAAAAAGAGGCUAUUGCAUGGACCGCACUGUGUUGGUGCUGACAUUUCGGAAACUUCCUCGUUUCCAUCAUCAGAGUGGUGGGGUGUCCUUUCCUGCUGGUGCUCUUGCAGUCUUGUGCAGAGACGUUUCCCCGUCUCACCAACAUACCUCGCACUGCAAUUGUGGCACGGCAUGCUGUAGACCUCUGCUGAUUGUUCCUUUGUCGGUAGCGAGUCUUUGGGUCUCAGUAUCUGCUGCCUGAUAGUGGAUUCCGGUUUAUGAGCCACCCCAAUCUCAAUAAAUAUAUAUGUUGAACAUCAUGACCGACAAAGACAAGGGGGACUGGAGUGAACAUUGCUGGCUUACCAGUCGUCGUCAGCCAGUCAUAUCCAACCCCGAAGUGUGGAACACCUGGGGCUCGAUCCCGCGACCUGUUGGUUAGAAGUCCAACGCCUCUAAUCGUUGAGCCACGGGCUCGUUUUCCUGUUGGUUGCGAUCGUGGAUAUUCAAUGGUUGGUUGGCGCUCACCAAUCGUUUUACGGAACUCACUUGUCCCGUAGAGUUCGGUAAAAACGGUCGGUAAUCCCCUCCCACCAUUAUAUAUAUAUAUAGUUGCGUUCAAAGGAGAUGUGCGCACUUUUGCUAACUUUGCGAUAAGACGGUGCAUAAUCCCCUAGUUUGAAAAUCUAUUCACUUAACUGUCAAUAUUCUGCAGUAGAUAGCGAUGCUUUCUUCCAAGCUCAUAGUCACAUUCUAGAAGGCCUACAGUGGCAGACUGAUCUUAUGACAUUUUUGCCGAAUUUCUGAAAUGUGCUUUUGACUGGGAAGGACUAGUUAGGCGGGGUUGUAACAUUAAUUAUCUUGCAGCAUAAUCCUAUAAUAUUUCGGACUCGCCAGGAUGUCAUCCUUUGAAUGCACCUCUUUUCGUCCUCUUUUUCAAACCGCAUUCGGUGAAAAUGACUGCUUAAUUAGCAUGCAUUUUUCACAUUGAUUUUCAAUGGUCUUAUAAAUUCAAAUAUAUUUUAUAGAAAACAUGCACAAAAAUGUACUUUCUUUUACUCAGUCGGUAGAAAAUUAUAUUGUCUUCGCAAUUUGAAGUCGAGGAAAGGAUAUCUUUAGGUUUUGAAAAUCUUUUUCAAUUCCCGAAUAAUUUUGAGCCAGAUCAGUCGUUGCAUUGGCGUUUGGCGAUCUCAGUUUACAAGGUGCAUACUUUCCGCUUAAGGAAAAUCAUAUAUUUGUCUCUGCCUUUGAGAGCAUAUCAUAUAGGGUUCAUAGAGUUUUGCAAUGGAUGGAGGCUAUGUUGAAUACUUCCUGAGGAGCAUUAAUAAACGGACAGGUACGAUGGUGUAUGAAUGGACAUUGCACGCUUAGAAAAGUCUAGUAAUGAGAAAGCUUUUCAGAACCAAAAGAUAUCCUUUCCUUGAAUAUGAAAUGUGAAGACAAUGUAGUUUUCUACCAAAUGAAUAGAAGAAAGCGGUUUCUACAGAAGGCAGAAAAGAAGUGCAUUCAAAGGCCGGCAUCCUGGCGAGUCGAAAUAUUAUAGGAUUAUGCAGCGAGAUAGUGUUACAACCCCACCUAGACAAUUUUUUUCAGUCCACAGCCCAUUUCAGAAUUUCAGCCAACAUUUCAUGAGAUCGAUCACUCACUGUAUAAUUUUACACAAAUUUUGACGCGUCACAGGCUGAAAACGGGCAGUUCACCAUAAACCAGUCUUAGAUGUCGGAAGACGCGCAGGAAUGAGAGGGAGCCUUCACAGACACAUCCGUCAGUCACUUUAGUUCAAAGAAACCAGACUGUGGGUUUCCACCUAUUACCUAGAUUGGUCUUCUCAAAAGAACAUUGAGCAGAACAGUUUCUCAACUUCCACACCCAUCACAAACCACUUUUUUUUAUCCCUUUAACAGAGUUAUCCUCAGUGGUUAGUUUAAUUGUGUCACGACAGGCUUUUUCUAAUUGACACCGAUCUGCUCAGCAUGUUUACCAGAGACGCUCAAACAGAAUGUAUUCAGUUGCCGUUGGAAGAUCAGCGUGACUCAUGGAGUCAGCACAGCCUGUAAACUGAUUGGAUAUUUUCGCAACCAAUCUGCGCGAGGGCUACGUAAUUUAUGUGAUGCUCUACGCAACAGCUGAAGGAAGACUUCUUGAAAAGAUCGACUGGUUGCGAAAUUAAUCUCCAAAUUGGGCGUGAGGGAAGUUUUUAGCUGUCAAUUUAGGACUGCGUCAGUCAAGGAAAUCUGUGCAUCACUCAGCAAUUAGAUUUUCACAAAGCAAUUAUGCGGACACGAACCUAAAGCAGCUGACUAAAAACUUGCCACGCUCAGUGGGGUAAGUAUAGGGUGUAAGACGCACAGGUAGAUGAAAACUACAAAAAUAUACCCUAAACUUUAGUGUGACUGUAAACAUUACCUAGUAUUCACCGUUCGCAUUCUUUGAAAUUUUUUUCCUUUCUUGACUAAACGUAAGCUUACCAGCGACGCUUCAUUCAAUGUCCGUCAUUUAUUGAAAAAUGACUGUUUUGUUUAUUUUUUGACUAUCAAGCUCACUUUCUUUGCCAAAUGACGGCGUAUGAUAAGACUUUCAGCAGAAAUUUACCCAUUUUCUGUGUAUUCUUGCUCUCCGUCCCAUGUGAGGGGAACUGAUUGGACUUUAGUCGGGCGGUCGGUCUGACGGUUCUUCUUCUUCCUCACCGAGUAAACUCAGCGUCGGGCUAUCUCCGUGCGGCCUUCUUAAGUCCGGUGUGGUUGUUUGGUCCUGAGCUGAAACAGUAGCUUCUGCGUAUCAAUUCCUCGAACGCAUAAAACAUUUGAGGUUAGAGCCAGGCGAGUCCAUGGUAUCCUUUGGUCUCGUUUCGCUCUUCACCUCCAUUCUGCAGCAACUAGCGAUAGACGUUGUGGACCAACUACUGGCAGAGCGAUAUGAGGAGAGAGACAAAGUCCUGAAGUCUGAGCAUCUGCUCGAGCUUCUGCGAUACUGUCUCAAGACCUAUUUCACCUUCGGCGGACAAAUGUACGUACAAAUAAAGGGCACUCCUAUGGGCUCCCCUAUAUCAGGCCUAAUCGCUGAAGUAGUUCUUCAACGGGUAGAACAUUUGGUGUUCACCAAGUAUCAACCAAAGUUCUGGACCCGCUAUGUCGAUGACACUUCCGUCAUUGUCAAAACAACUGACAUUGAACACCUAAAGGAACUACUGAACUCGGGUGACCCGGAUAUCCAAUUUACGAUGGAAGCGGAAACAAAUAACCGACUGCCUUUCCUUGACGUACUUGUGCGCCGGUGUACCACUGGACAGAUGCAAACUACAGUAUUCCGAAAAUCCACCGACACGAGACAGAUUCUACACUUCAACAGCAACCAUCCUCUGUCUCACAAACACAGUUGUGUCCGCACUCUAUUCUAAAGAGUCGAAACACAUUGCAGCACACCAGAAGAUAAAAGGGCCGAACGAUUGUACCUUGUAAACCUAUUUGCAGCCAAUGGUUAUCCCAGAAGCAGACGUUGGGCGCCCAGACGACGGCCAAAUGAGCAGCAACCCGAAGUCUGGAGGGCCAUUCCUUACGUUAAAGGGGUCUCUGAAGCGGUCUCGCGACUGUUACAACCCACCAGAGUAGGCAUAGCCCAUCGACUACGAGCAACAAUUUGACGUCACCUGAUGCAACCUAAGGACCCAUUGACACCCGCUGAAACCUCAGCAGUCAUCUACAAAAUAAAUUUCAAUGAGGGCGACUGCAACUAUGUGAGCGAAACCGGGCGGAAAUUGCAAACUCGUCUACAAGAACACAAAUCGGCCACUCGGAGGUUAGACCCUAACUUUCAAUUAGCAACACAUGUUGGAGAAACGGGGCAUACUUUUGACCUCCAGAGGGCUACCAUCUUAGGCCGAGGCAACACAAAAAUAGAACGGUUAACUCUCGAGGCGUGGUUCUCCGAUGCCCACUCUAUUAACAGGCAUCUGGACCUUCCUGCAGCUUACAAAGUCCUACGUCAUCACAAUCGUAGAGCUCAGGACCAAGCAACCACACCGGACUUAAGAAGGCCGCACGGAGAUAGCCCGACGCUGAGUUUACUCGGUGAGGAAGAAGAAGAACCGCCAGACCGACCGCCCGACUAAAGCCCAAUCAGUUCCCCUCGACGGAGUGGUGACUCACAAUGCACACAGGCAAAACGCCCGUCAACCAUCUCCCGAGAGGCCGAGGCAUCGAGAGGAGGAAAAAAAUCGAUCAGCAUGAGGCCGGCCAACACAACUGCCACUUUAAAUUAAAUUUCUGAUCGAUUAAGUGCAUUUUCUGCUUUGACAAUGAAGAGCCGACCCAGCUCUUUGAAACGUCAGCACUUAAAUAAACCUCUUCCGGAGAGCCUAUCUUCGUCUUCAAAUAAGACUGGUUGCAAUACCACUGCUAACAUGUGAAUGUUGAAAUCCUACAAAAUGUGUUAAAAUUAAGGCAUUGGACGAAUCGUCAGGAGCGAUGAUUAGACUGUGUUGGGACAGCUAAUGGCCUUCUCUCGAAACGCAAAGGAGAAAAUGAAGAUCAGAUGUCCACGAUAGAUUCCGCAGGUUAUCCCUCGGUUAUUGAGUACUGGAAAUUUCAAUUCGCAAUCGAUAAAUCUCAUUCUUCCGGAUCUCCGCUCACUUACGAACUGCCAGGAAAUAUUUUGCGGCAAUCAUGACCGCACCUUGCAUGGAGCGCGUUGUUUUGACAAACACCUUUGAUUGUGGUCUUUGCCUUCCGAAUCUAUACUAUCAUUAAAAACAGCAAAGAGAUAAUUGAAGAUUGUAGGCACCGAAUCCCGAACAUGUGUGCGUCAAUUGACUCAAGUAAAAAGGAGCACCAUCGAAGCUUAAAAAAAAACGGCAUCGGUAUAUCAUAUGUGCAAACAGUGACCUUAGAUUUUAUUAUUCAUCCGAUGCAGAUGGAAUAUUUGUUAAUUUAAGAUGGUCCGAAAGAUGUGAAGGAAAGACGAUUGAACCGGAUUUAUAUUCGCAAGUUACCCGCGAGAAACAUGUCUUAAACCGCCGCAAAUCAUUUGGACAUUGGCUCAACAUGGGAGGGCUGAAGUGACUUAUUCAUCGUGGCGAACCCACAACCUCCCUCGCCAGCAGUCUGCCAUCUUUUGGUCGCUUAAAGAGUAGCUAUAUGGAAAAACGCGAUCUGGUGACGGGAUUGACAAAAAAUUUAACCCCAUCUGCAUAACCGAACAGUAUGUCACGUACCUCUUCCCAAAACAUCCUAAUUUCAGGCAGUUACCAGUCCAUGCACGGUCCACACUGCAAAAAUGGGCUGCAGAAACGAUGAUCUACUUCCGUUAUUCAUUGUGAUGCCCUUCACCACGUCGUUGCCGCUCCUAAUCCAGUGGAGAAGUACUUACAUUUUAUGCAUGCGAACUUGUGAACUGACCGCUAGUUUUGUCAUCCAACACUCUAAAGUAGAAGUGAAUGUAUCGUAGCUAUGCUAGACUAUAAGAAGGUUGAUCGAAAUUUCGGAAUGUGUUUUCGAUGAAAAAGACUACUUAGGCAUGCUUUUAAUAUUAUUCAUCACCCAGUCCAGCGCACCCGGAUAGCUUAAAAGUGCGUCAGUGUCCAGAGUAAUGGAUGUGCGUUGGCAGUGUCAGCCUCACAUUCUAUAUUCCUCCUCUCGGAAAUAAUUCCGCUUUCCUAGCUGGGACUGAGCAGAGUGGCUGACAGAGCUAGUGAGCUCGACUGUGUGUGUGCCACAUAUGGCAUUGUCGCCCCAAUAAAACACCAGGAUUCCGCACAAAGGGCGUAGACGACGACUCAGGCCACGCAUGCACGAGAGUGCAAUAGUGGCCCCAUUAAGAAACAGCCAUUGAGUCUGGCUCUCAGCUAACCAGUCCGCCACUCCACACGCCAGGUUGAUUGCGAGGCCCGAGUCGAACCAUCGGCUGGUGGCUGACAACUAAAAAGUCCGUUCGUGCGUGCCACCCAGAACCCGACCUCCUCACGGCGCGCCAGGUUUCCGCACAAAGGCGUGGGCCACUCGGAUGUGGGAUGGAUUCUGGUGUGAUGCAUAUGAAAGUGAUAUGUCUAGUUUCGGGCAUUGGCCUGUGCCCGUUUACUGCUGCCUCACAUGGAGGUGCAUGUCGCCGAGUAGGUUCCUUGCGGUGAGUGAGUAUGCGUAUACAGUUAGGACAGUGGAGGCGGGUGUGGCAAAUGUAUAUCGAGACUCCUAGUAGUGGUUUACCAGUCACAGUGCAGUGGAUUCGUAAGUGAUCGACCAGACCGAUGCGUGAAUCUGAUACCCGCUGAUUUCCAAACUCUACUUUUCCUAAUUUUACCACACAAUCUACCCUAUCCGUUGCAUAAGUGGACAUCAAUAAUGUCAUUUUGCCCAGUUAGGUGGCAACAGAGUACUCGAAUAUUUCAGACGACGUGAUAUAUCACAGGGUUUUACCUCUGAGAUUUCAGUGGGACUAAGCAUCCCGAAUGUAAACAAUGCCUACGGCAAGGGUUUCGUUGAUUUAGUUUGCUGUUCUGAAUGUCAGUUGAGAUACGGUUGGGAUCAUCAUCACUGCGCCCACCGUGCGCUGAAGACGAUGCCCUGACAGCCCACGUGUCAUUCCAAUCUCUAGUUCACCGCUGACAGUUUUCAAGAUGGGCCCCCCAACUGUUUGGUGCAUAUAUCAGACUUAGCAAGAUAUAAACCCCAGAGGAACCUGCUGCCUGAAUUAUGAAGGUGUAAUAAUCGACCUCCGAGACCGCCUUCGGAAAUUAUUACGACAUUUUUCUGCUGUUUUGCCUCGCGGCGUUCAGUCAUAACCACAUGCCAGCACGUAGUCCUACGAUAGGACUGCGUGUAAAAGACUCUGGUGAAACUCUAGGAGGGGUCAUUCCUAAAUGUGUCGUAGAAAGUGGUGACCCUCCGAGUACGUAGAGAUAAGGAUGUAGAAGACAUCGGUAUGCAAACCCUGAAGUCUGCCCUUCCGGAUACUCCAGUGGCGGCAUCCUAUUUACCAUUGUCCCCUGUCGCCCUCCCAUAAUGCCACCCCUCAUCCUCUUCUCACUCCUCCCCAUCAUCAUCAUCGUCCGAGGUUCCUCAGGUAGCCCUCUCCCCCCCUACCCGACACGUCGGCUCAUCCGUCAUGUUACUUCAGCUUGUCCCAGUACACCUGAAGCUCCCCAACCACCCAUACUGCCGAUUUGUAUCAUGCAAACGCAUACACCGAAUGAAACUUCGUCACCACCGACUUGCUCCCCGGGAAGCUUUUUUUCGGUCGACGCGUAUACAUUCACCUCUGCUGCGUAAAAGUGCGUUCCGCUGCAGUUAUCAACUCUGCAGCUAUUCUCUGCCUCAGGAAGGCUGAGCCACUGAAGGGUAAACAUCAUCGGAGCCUACGGCGUGUAAACGAAGGAAAAUUCAUUUAAAACAUCAUAAAUGAGGGCUUGCACUAUUUCCCCUGAUGUGACGUUGUAUUGCAGCGUGGAAAACUCCACAUACAGCUAUGUACACAUAUCACCGAGGAUUUUAUGCGUUGCAGUAGGUGGAGUGGGUAACUUGACCAAAGUGUGACUAAGCUCACUUCUGCCGUUGGCGUCUCAUAGCUCAGAUGGUUAGACAGUUGGAUGAACCCAAGUCUUUUCUAUGCUGUUGGCUGAAAUUCUGAAAUGCGUUUCCGAUUAAAACGAUUACAUAGGCGCGACUGUAAUAAUGAUUAGCUUACAGCAUAGUCCUUCAAUAUUUCGGACUCGGCAGAAUGUCAGCUUUUGAAUACCCAGCUUUUCAAUCUCCUGUGGAAAUCGUACUCGGCAAAAAAUGAUAACAUAUGUAGCAUGUAUUUCUCCCAUUGAUUAUUGAUGGUCUCGCGAAUUCAAAUAGAUUUUAUAGAAACACUAAACAAAAAUAUGCCUCCUUUCCUUCGUUUGAUAGUGGAUUGCGUCAACUUUAUAAUUUAUGCUCGAAGAAGAAGUAUAAUUAGGUUUUUAAAAAGUUUCUAAUUAUGAGAUUUUUUAAGACCGCGCAAUGUCCAUGCAUUUAGCAUCGUACCUGUCCGUUCACCACUGCUCCUCGUGAAAUGUACGACAUAGUCCGCAUCCAUUGCAAAUUGUAUGGAUUCUAUGUUUUAUGUUGUAAAGGCAUAGAAGAAUAUGUGAUUUUAUUUAUGCAGUACGAAUGCACCCUGUGGACUGAAAUCGCUAUGCGCUAAUGCAACGACUGACCAGGCUCCAAAUUAUACGGCAAUUAGAAAACUUUUUAAAACCUAAUUAUCAUUCUUCUUCUUCGAGUAUAAAAUGUAAAGAUGACGCAAUUCUCUAUCAAACGACUGAUAGUAAGCAUAUCUUUGUUCAUAAUUUCUAUAAAAUAUAUUUGAAUUUGCAAGGCCAUCAAAAAUCAAUGGGAAAAAAUGCAUGCUACAUAAGUAAUCAUUUUUUGCCGAGUACGGUUUCUACAGGAGAUUGAAAAGCUGUGUAUUCAAAAGCUGACAUCCUGCCGAGUCCCAAAUAUUGAAGGACUGCAGGCCUCCGUUCGGACAUAUGGCUGCAUCCCACAUACAUGACCGCUUCCUUCAACUUCGUAAGAUGAGGAGAAUUUCACCUGGGGUCACGAGAGCUUCUCAGCCGGAGUAGUCUUUAACAUGGAGAAAAUUUAAAAAUGUCACUCAGCUCAUUCAUCGAAGUAUCGAUGAAUAUUCCCCUUCAGAGCAUGCCAACACCAUAAGAGCCUGAUGUAGCCUAAUGAUUAAACUGGUGCUAGCCAUUGUUGUGACAUAAAAAGUGCAUUCCAGUCUUCGCCUCCUGAAUGACACCAUCGGGGAGGCUACAAUACUGCGAGGCGCUCAGGGAAGCUGCUGGUUCUGUUGACAUUUGCAAGUCCUAAACCGGAAAAUUACGUGCGCAUCUUCAUGGAACAAAUUAGAACUAGGGUUGGACAUACUCAUGCCUGUGGCUAAGUCCUCAAACAGCCAGUGGAUGACAAUGGACAAUCUUCAACCAACAAAGCAACACAUUUGACGCCCUCUUCUGGCCCAGUCUCCGGCUCUAUCUUUUGGCUGCUUGUCCCACACAGACCGCCAGUCGUCUGAUGGAGAUGUACGUAUCCGCCACGCGCUCACUCGUCCCACUUUCAAUUUCCUCAGCUUCUCCUCCGUCUGCCUUUUGGAUUCGAAGUCGCAAAUACUGAAACCUCCUCAGGAUGUAGAUUCCCUUCACUAUCAGUAGCUACACCGAAUACAUCUUCACGAUAUAUGCAGCCUAUUUCCCCAACUCCCUCAGCACAGCCACCACUUGCUGUUAUCGUACCACAUUUGACGUCAAAGUCGGUUACUUUUUGCCCCUUCUCUUUCAUUUUUAGGCAGCGUCAGUACAUGAAUCGGACCGGGCCGAAGGUCAGGACAACCGAUCCUUGGACAACUCCAGUCCCGGUCGCAAUUCUCAAGUCUGA